CCCUCCCCGUUUGAAGCAGAAGUCUCUUGUUUUCCCUCAACAGCCAUCCUGGACGACGGGCAUCGUCGAGGCCACCAGGAAAGUUGGAUUUACGUGACAGGACAUUCUCCAAGCAGGAGGAGGCCGACAGUGAGGCAAAGCCAUCUUGUUUGUCCAUUGUAAACCAGCAGAGAACCCACGAGCAUGGUUGGCAUUUAGAGCACUGCUAAUGAGGCUUGGACUGUUUGAAGGCCAUCAAGAGGCUUGAGGGCUACCUGUGAGUACAACCUGCUCCACCCAUAACUGAACAGGACCACUCCAGCCCCACUACUCUGACUCCUGUGCAAAAGAGCUCUCACACUUGUUGCCAAAAUGCCUAUUUUGAAGCAGCUGGUGACAAAUUCCGCCAACUCCAAACGCCGCUCUCGGGCCGACCUUACGGCAGAGAUGAUCAGCGCUCCCCUUGGCGACUUCCGCCACACCAUGCACGUGGGGCGGGCUGGUGAUGCUUUUGGGGACACCUCCUUCCUCAACAGCAAGGCUGGGGAGGGGGAACAGGAGGCCGCCGAGGAGACAAGUUCCUCAUCCAAACCAGGCCUGCUGUCACGCAAGUUCCGCAGCAGCAAGCGGUCUCAGUCCGUCACCCGGGGCGACCGGCGGGAUAUGCUGGGCUCUCUGCGGGACUCUGCCAUUUUUGUGAAGAAUGCCGUCUCCCUCCCUCAGCUUACUGAGAAGGAGACGGACAGGAGUGGCGGGAAGCAACUGCCCAAGAGCCUUUCCUCCAGCCCUGUCAAGAAAGCCCCUGAGGAGAAGACGCCUGAAGAGAAGCACAUGAACGGUGCGGCAGCCGCUCUUAGCUCUGGGCCCCACAGCCCUGGCUUGGAAGAGCGGGCCUUUGGUGACAUAACGGACCUGCCCUUGGUGGUGCCCAAGGGCAGCUACGGCAUGAAGCACGCAGAGUCCAUCAUGUCUUUCCAUAUUGAUCUGGGGCCUUCCAUGUUGGGGGAUGUCUUGAGCAUCAUGGAUAAGGACCCAUGGGAGCAAGAGGAUUCUGGUUAUCAUGGUGCAGAGGACCCCCAGAGGGAGGGAGGCCCUGCGGAGGCAUUGACAGGCCACUGGCUUGGCCAGGAAAGCAAACUGCCCCAGGAUUCCUUGGUUCAGUCGGAUGACAACAGAGCAACAACCUACAGCCCUGGUUCUGCCCGGAGCAUUACCAGUCGCCUGACAAUGGACAGCAGCUCCAUUUCGAGUGGCACCUCUGUGGGAGAGGAACAGCGUACUUUAGUCUCCAGGGGACAGAACCAGGGUGUUCCAGAGCAUACGAGGCAGGACACUGCUAAACAGCCGGAAAAGGAAUUCUCCUUCAUGGAUGAGGAAGACGACGAGAUAAGAGUAUAAGAAAGGUGACUGGAACCUUUACACUUGGCUUGGCUCAAGAAG